AUGAUUCUCACGAUAACCUUCCUCAUCGGGCUGCUCUACACCAACCCGUUGGCCUUCUUCCUCGUCCUUGGGGCUGGGUUGGCGGUGCGUGAACUGAUCAAGUAUCAUUUCAAGCACUGGCAGCGGGAAAAUGUCCCCGGACCAAAGCCGUCGCUCAUCUUCGGAAACAUCGCCUCCAACAUCUUCAUGACGCAACACAUCGGCGAAGUGUGCGAUGAGUGGUACAACAAAUUCUCCAACGCACCCUUCGUUGGGUACUUCAAGAUAUUCAAACCAUCGGUGAUGAUUCGGGAUCCGGAAAUGAUCAAAAACGUCCUGGUCAAGGAUCAGGCGUGCUUUUCAGCGAAUGACUUUGCAUUUGACGAGAAAGUCGACCCUCUGCUGGCUCACAAUCCCUUCAUGGUCGACGGGGAACGCUGGAAGAAGGCCCGGCAGCUGUUGACUCCAAUUUUCACCGGGAGCAAGAUGAAGCAACUGUUUCCGAUCAUGGAUCAAGUUAGCAGUACAUUUGUUGACUUUGUCGGUGGUCAGUGUGGUCGUGAGCUGGAAGCCAAAACGAUAUCGGCUGCAUAUACAACGCAGAAUGUCGCGGGCUGUGCGUUCAGCUUGGAUGCGGAUUGUUUCGAGAAUCCCAACAGCGAGUGGCGGGUGAUGGGCAAGAAGAUUUUCCAGCCAACGUUCCUGGCUUCGAUUAAGUUCAUGUUGACGAUAUUUGUACCGGCCGUGACCAAGGUGAUUCCGGUGCCGUUCUUACCGAAGGAAGUCGACGUCUGGAUACGCAAGAUGGUUGCGAAAUUGCUGGAAGAAAGACGGUCUAAUAAGGUGGAACGAGAUGAUCAACUGCAAUCCUUGCUGAAGAGCAAAACAGAACUGACAGAGGAGAUGAUCGCCGGUCACGCUCUCGCAUUCUUCUCGGAGGGAUUCGAAACGUCGAGUACGGCCAUGUCGUUUGCACUUCUUCACUUGGCGGAAAAUCCGGACGUUCAGGACAAACUUUUCCAGGAAAUCCAGAGCACCCUUAGUGAAAACGAAAACACCAUCACCUACGACUUGGUCCAGAGGCUCGACUACCUGGACUGGGUUCUACAGGAGAGUCUUCGGAUGACCCCACCGCUUGCCGCGAUGCAGAAACUCUGCACCAAAACUUACAUGCUCAAGCAUCUAGUCGAUGGCAAAGAAGUCGGAACGCUGAUCCCGGAGGGAACCACCAUUUUGCUGCCCCUGCUAGCCAUUCACAUGGACCCCAAAUACUACCCGGAACCGAAAAAGUUCCGACCGGAACGUUUCAGCCCGGAAAAGAAAGCCGAACGAACCCUACCAGUGUACUAUCCCUUCGGUGAAGGUCCUCGAAUGUGCCUGGGUAUGAGGUUCGCCCAGGUCCAGAUAAAAGUAGCUCUUCUGAAGUUGGUGCAAAACUUCCGGGUUCGCGUCGCACCCAAUCACAAACCGUGGCAGUUCAAUAGGAAAACCUUCCUGACCGAAGCCAAGGAUGGUUUGCUGGUGGUGUUUGAACGGCGCUGAUUUCCUCCGUGCGAAAUAAACUCGUAUUUGUGCUCGAAGUUGGGUCGCAGU